AUGAACACUGAGGUGGACAUGAAGGACGUGGAGCUCAACGAGCUGGACCCUGAAAAGCAGCCCAUGACUGGUGACGGGCAGACUGCCGGUGGCGAAAAAAACGGCAACCUUAAAACCAAGGGUUCUGAUGAAGAAGUGGCGUUCACUGGCCUGUCCAAAGAAGAACUUAUGAAAGUUGCUGGUACUCCAGGAUGGGUAAGAACCCGUUGGGUGCUGCUUAUCCUCUUCUGGCUGGGCUGGUUGGGCAUGCUAGCAGGAGCUAUCGCCAUUAUUGUCAACGCGCCGCGCUGCAAACCUAUCCCGGAAAUGAAGUGGUGGAAUAACGGACCUCUGUACCAGAUCGGUGACGCUGAAGCUUUCGCUGAUGGAUUGGCAGGUGUUGAGAAAAAACUGGACAACAUCAACCAGCUUAAAGUCAAAGGUUUGGUUCUUGGGCCUUUUCACACCGUGCAGGCGGACCAGCCUAGCACUCUCAACCUGAAGCAGAUCGACCCGACUCUGGGGAGCAAGGAAGACUUAAAGGCGGUGCUGGAGAAGGCUCACAAGAAGGGCAUUUCUGUGGUGCUUGACCUGACUCCGAACUACUUAGGAUCGUCGCCAUGGUUCGGCACCGCCGAUCUCAACGAUGUGUUGGCCAGCGUUCAGGACGCGGCGAAGCACUGGCUCGACCUGGGCGUCGACGGAAUCAAACUCUCCGACAUCGGCACGGCCAACUCGGCGGACUUGACUCCGCUGCUAGAUGUGCUUAAGGGGAAUGACACUGAAGAUGAAGCUGUGAAAAAGAUGCUGAUGGGUGUAGCUGAAGGCUUUUCAGCCGCGGAGAUCUCCCAGCUGCUCAACACCUCAGGCGUCGACCUGAUGCUGUCCGACCUGCUCGACACCAACCUUCAAGGUGCGCAGCGUAUCGACGCCGUAAACACCCUGCACACGGAGCAGAGACGUCUGGGUUGGGGGCUCGGUGCCGCCAGGCGGCUACAGCUAGCAAAACUGGCAGUGUCUCGGGCUCUUAUCCGACUCUAUCAGCUAUUGCUCUUCACCAUGCCCGGAACGCCCGUUUUUAACUACGGUGAUGAGAUCGGCCUUCAGAUGCAGGAUGAAAAACCUCCCAAAAUGAUUUGGGAUCUCGAGAAGGACUCCAAAGCCGACGAAGCCGCCGUCAACGCUACGACAGAGGCUGACCGCGAGGAAUACUCGGCGGUCAGGAUGUGGUUCAAAUCCCUGAGCGACCUGCGGGGCAAAGAGCGUUCCCUCCUCCACGGCGACUACUAUCCGCUCCAGUCGUCCGUCUCGACGCUCGCUUUCCUGCGACUGUGGGACCAGAGCGAAAGAUUCGUCACGGCGGUCAACUGGGGUCAAGUGGAGGAGACGCUUCAGCUCAAGCUAGCACCCACAGAAGAAGUCAAGUUACCAAAAUCCGCUACAGUUAAGUUGUCCACUGAUCCAGCAAUGGAGGUUGAAUCCACAGUGGACUUGGACAAAGUCACUCUAGGACCAGGACAAGGUGUCCUCUUGCAGUUUCCCUACAAGGGCUGA